AUGGUGCGCAAGAAGUCAAAACAGCCCCGAACAUUCCUGGAAGAGGCAGGCCCCAGCAGCAAGGCUGAUAUCCAUGCAGCAGCAUCUGACUCGCCCCAAUCGCUUGAUGGAGUGUCAUCAGCAUCUUCUACAUCUUCCUCCUCGCGUAUUACUUCCAUUCGCGACCAAGAAGAGACUGUCCAUGCUUCGCAGCGGCGGAAGCUUGACAGUCCCAUCCCAGCGGCUCAGUCUAGUUCUGAGUCCUCUUCUGAGGCUCUCUCAGCGCCGCAGCCUGAUGUCCCAGGAGCAGCAUCCAGGCAAAGCUCGGCGGAGCAGCGAGCACGCCGAAUUCGGAGAGAACAAAUCAGACAUCAGGUCUGCCGUACUCUGGACCUCAUAAGCAUGGUCUGCUGGGGCGACGAGGAGACAGCACUCGCUACGCUGCGCCGCUCAUACCUCGAUGCGAUGGAUAGGAUCGACCGUGGCGACGGGGGUGCUCUUCUUUUCCGUCCCGGCGACCCCUACUUUCGACAAAGCAACCGCAUUUCUCCCGAAGGAUAUCAGGACUGGGUGCUUCCCCUGGGCCACUUCAAUCUCGACGCACGUCAACAGAGACACGGACGCCGACGACCGAGACAUAGACCCUACCCGGGUGGAAUUAACGUGAUGGUCGAUGGUCGAGACCUCGAUCUCGAUCUCGAGGACCAGGCUCUUGUCGUUAGACUGUAUGGUCGUGGUGGUCGAUCCACAGUACCACAAUCUGAAGCCCGCCAGCACCGUCGCCAGGGCCCUGGGGAAUCGCAUGGGGGCCGACGACAUCCUCGCCGUCCUGCCUGCGAGCGAUCUCCUCCACCUCCUCCCGCCCAACGAGGACGAGGUCAAGGCAGCCACCUGCGGGAAUCUCUCCGCGAUGCCUCGGAAGAAAACCAGCCCGAGCCGGAACCCUCUGCAUCUACUCUUCGAGCCUCGCAGAACCACCACUCAGCAACGCAUAUUGCCAACACCACAGCCCCGUCUCGCACCACUGGGCGACUGCGUGCCCGCGCCAGCCGUUCCCCCGAGCAUACCUGGAUCCCCGGGCCGGCGGAACUGCACUCGCCGCACCAUACAUCCCGCUACCGCCGAGCAUGGGAAGCCUUCAACCGCCGAGAAGUGGACAACCCUCUGAUCCCUCCACGGGAGAAGCAGCGCGGGCCUCCGCAGAAGCAGAAGCCGCGCCAACUCACAACCAAAGCGCAGUCAUCAACGCCGCAGCCGGGGCCGGAUAAUCAAGGUCCGGACCCUAAACCCAAACCUCGACCUAGACCUAGUGGUCCGACACCAAUAACGACGCGCUCGGCAGUGACAAGCUUGUCCGGACAGAGUCGGCAUCAUUGCCUAGGGUCCCUGCCACAUGGAAAUGGAAACGGUAGCGCUGGCACUAUUGGGAUGGGGUUAGAUACGGUCCACGGAGUCGGUGUUGACGGUCAUGAUGGCGGUGGUGUAGCUCUUGAGGACUAUGGUGUUGAGUUUGUAAACGUAUAA